CUUUGAACCUCUAAGAGACAACCCGGGGCGGCCCCUUUAAAAACUCUUCAUUCUUUCACUGAAAGGAAGCUGAAGUUCCAUCCUAACUAAAACGGGGGAAAAAAACAAACAAAACAAAAGCAAAAAAAAAAAAAAGAAAACACGAAUCUGCUGCGCUAAGGUGAAAAAGGACUUCUGGUACCUGCUUAUUAGCUUGUUCGACUUAACGUUAGUGACGUAUUUGUUCUUUGUGGGUCAUUUUGGAUGAUAGUAAAAGGAGGUAAUGUUUAAAACUACAGUUCCCAGGCGUCAGAGCAGUGAAAGUUAAUGUGUUUGAGGAUAGGAAACAAAGUUUAAGUUAAGCUAGCGAGUGUGACGUCAAUGUUAGCUUAAUGGAAAAAGGCAUUUAAGGAAAAACGGUCCAGUUUCUGGAGUAUUCAGCUAGCUAGCAAUCAGCUAGACUCUAUAUGUUCAGUUACAAUCCGUACAGAUAACUAUAUUAAUAUUAACACGUCCAAGAUGUGUAUUUUUUUCUGUUUCUCGUGUUUUCAGGACAUUUCCUAUUUAUUUGAGCCUCUUUGGUCCUCCUUCGCCCUCAGCCAACCUCAACAAUGUCAGACGACCUCUGUGGUGUAUCUGGACCCAAGACCCUCAAGCCCCAGAGAUCCCUCCCAGGGACGCCAGUUUCUCUUUCCCAGCCCCCAGUCAACCUGCGAGCAUCCAUGGAGGAAAAGUACAAAGAGCUUGCUGAGGAGCUGUUCACACGCAGCAUGACAGAGAGCGAGAUGCGAAGUGCCCCCUAUGAGUUCCCAGAGGACAGUCCCAUCGAGCAGCUGGAGGAACGACGGCACCGCCUAGAGAGGCAAAUCAGUCAGGACAUUAAGCUUGAGCCAGAGAUCUUACUGCGUGCCAAACAGGACUUCAUGAAAAUCGACAGUGCUGCAGACCUUGAGUCAAUGAAGGAGAAAAGCGUGGACACGGUUGAUAUGGGCUUUAAGGAGCGGCAAAUGCCGAUGGAAAAAGAGUACCAGCGCGUCUCAAUAUCUGGAGAAGAAAAAUGCGGGGUGCCGUUCACUGACCUGGUAGAUGCUGCCAAAUGUGUGGUGAAGGCCUUAUUAAUCCGGGAGAAAUACAUCUAUCGUUCCAUGCAGACCUUUUGUAAGACCACAGCUCACGCCCUGCAGGACCUUGGGACGAACUCUCUGGAGCUGGGAGUUUAUGAUGACAUACUAGAGACCCCUGUAGAUGCAGAUGCCCCUGUUCACCCACCCGUCUCCGAGACACACCCAUACGACAAUCAGGACCCCAAGAAUAUGCCAGCAGAUACAGGAUAUGGUUGUAAGAUGGUUGAUGGGGUCAUACACGUCUUCAACAAGAAAACAAACAUGGACAAAAGCACAGAACUCGACCUACCGUAUCCUGACCUGAAGGAGUACAUAGCAGACAUGAAUGUAAUGAUGUCCCUCAUUAUCAACGGUCCAGUGAAAUCUUUUUGCUACCGCCGCCUGCAGUACCUGAGCUCCAAAUUUCAGAUGCACAUCUUGCUGAAUGAGAUGAAGGAGCUGGCAGCUCAGAAGAAGGUUCCUCACAGAGACUUCUACAACAUCAGAAAGGUGGACACACACAUACAUGCAUCAUCCUGCAUGAACCAGAAGCAUCUUCUGCGAUUUAUCAAGAAAGCCAUGAAGAAAUACCCCGACGAGAUUGUUCACGUUGAGCGGGGACACGGUCAGACCCUCCGAGAUGUUUUUGAGACCAUGAACUUGACAGCGUACGACCUGAGUGUAGACACACUCGACAUGCACGCGGAUCGAAACACAUUUCAUCGGUUUGAUAAGUUCAACUCCAAAUACAACCCCAUUGGAGAGUCUAUCCUCAGGGAGAUCUUCAUCAAGACGGACAAUUAUGUGGAAGGAAAAUACUUUGCUCAUAUAGUUAAGGAGGUGAUGUUUGACUUGGAGGAGAGUAAAUACCAGAACUCUGAGUUAAGACUGUCCAUCUAUGGUCGCUCCAGAGACGAAUGGGACAAGCUGGCAGAGUGGGCUGUCAAACAUAGAGUGUACUCUGAUAAUGUGCGCUGGCUUAUCCAGGUGCCGCGUCUGUUUGAUGUGUACCACACAAAGAAGCAGCUGGCUAACUUCCAGGAGAUGUUGGAGAAUGUCUUCAUGCCUCUAUUUGAGGUCACCAUAGAUCCUGCCAGUCAUCCUGAGCUGCAUCUCUUCCUGGAGCAUGUGGUGGGCUUUGACAGCGUGGAUGACGAGUCCAAGCCUGAACAACACAUUUUUAACCUGGACAGCCCACUGCCCGCUGAAUGGACAGAGGAGGACAACCCACCCUACUCCUACUAUCUCUACUACACCUACGCCAACAUGACUGUGCUGAACCACCUGCGAAGACGUCGAGGGUUUCAUACAUUCGUUCUGCGACCUCACUGUGGUGAAGCGGGUCCGAUCCAUCACCUGGUGUCAGGGUUCAUGUUGUCAGAGAAUAUUUCCCACGGACUGCUGCUCAGAAAGGCCCCUGUGCUUCAGUAUCUUUACUACCUGGCUCAGGUUGGCAUUGCCAUGUCACCGCUCAGCAACAACAGCCUGUUCCUUAGUUACCACCGCAACCCGCUGAUGGAGUAUUUGUCCAGAGGUCUCAUAAUCUCUCUGUCCACCGAUGAUCCCCUUCAGUUCCACUUCACCAAGGAGCCACUGAUGGAAGAGUACAGCAUCGCGGCUCAGGUGUGGAAAUUGAGCUCAUGUGACAUGUGUGAGCUGGCUAGAAACAGUGUCCUGAUGAGUGGAUUUUCACACAAGGUCAAGAGCUACUGGCUUGGCCCCAGUUACUAUAAAGAAGGUCCUGAGAGCAACGACAUCCGCCGCACCAACGUUCCCGAUAUCCGUGUUGCAUACCGCUUUGAGACGCUCACCGAGGAGCUCAACCUCAUCACCCAUGCCGUGCGCACAGACGAGCUGGACAGUAUCGAUGAAGAGGAAACGCUAACCAUGGGUCCCGUCUUGGGAGGGCGCUGAAACCACAGCCUCCACGCACCUACCCCGCCUAUUUCCAUUAGUCCCCUCGACUCUGCUGCCCACUCAGCAUACCGCUGAAAACAUGUGAUGUGAGAGAAAAAUCUGCUGCUCUUUACACACCACUGUAGACGUUUGCUGCACUGCUAUAGCUGUGUAGCCAAUAAACAGCCAAGGUUUCAGUGCUGCCAUUAUUUUAAUUUAGUCAAUGUUCAAUUUUGUUUGGGUGCAAGAAAAUCUAAUUGUAUGUUUUAAGUUUCCCAAUUUUUUUAAACCUUUAGCUUAGUCUCUGUUGCUCUAGCACACGUUUGUUUUUUUUUAUUAUUGUAAUUGAACACAAGAUAAACUGUGCUCUGAUUAUAGAUGCAGAGUAGCCAUAUUUGCAAACCGGGAUCCGUGUCAGAGGUUGGUCAAUCCUUGAAGAGCAACAAACUCGACAACGUUUUGUGUGCGAUGCUUGCUGUAGCUUAAGAUCCAUUGUUUGUCAAGUUGCACUGUCAUAGUCAAUCUUGUGGGAUUCCAAAAAGCUCAAAAAGUAAUAUAUGAGAAAGAAACAUUCCUAAAAGAAGUCAUUUAUUUGUCAUGUUAUAGUUUUAAUGUAGCACAGAUAUAAAGAGCACAAAGAAAUGUGAAUGAAUGCUAACUGUUAGCAUUGUUGGAGCUCGGUCACAUCGGUUUAGUUCGUUGCAUGCACCAAGCUCUUCAUAAGCACCAAAAUAAGACCUUCGCCGUUCCUUUCCAUUAGUACUUAGAAGCAGUGCAUGUCCAGUUUGUUCUUUCUGUCUCCUUCUUAGUGAAUCUCCACCCCAGGCCUGCAGAUGGAGCUGAAACCAGCCUGCAGAACGCUCAGUGUGAAGAAGCUUUUCACCUUGGCCUUGAUCUCUAGUUCAGCUCAAGUACUUUCCUGCAUGCCCGCAUGGCAACUUGUUUACAUUCGACUGUCAUGUAAAGCAUCCUAACUCUGCAUGGUGAAAACGAGCAGACCGUGCUGGGACAUGGUGAAGGUUCUGUAGCCUUAUGGUCUCAUAGUUAUAUAUCACUCCACAUGAUCCUGCCUCUCAGCAAACUGUGAGAUUCUGGGUUUUUGUAGCGAAAAGUAGAGGAACCAAUCAGACAAUGUCCGUAGUUUGCAGAUGUGUGUGCGUUUCCUCUCUAGGUGAACAAGAUAAAAGAAGAGAAACCGUUUUUGUUUUGCACGACUAUAGCAGACUAAUGAAGGCUGUGCUGAAGUUGUCUACUGAUCUCAGAGGACUUUGUGUUAAAGUUCAUGUUUUUUAAAGCUGAAAUAGAAGAAAGACCAUUUCGUAAUUCUCAGUAUAUUGAUGUUAAGGAGAACUUUUUCAUUACGGUUUUAUUAUUGUUUUUCUUUAAUAUUAAGUAAUGAAACAGUAUUUUCGUGCUUGCUCUUGUUUAGUAUCAUGUCAGCUAAUUAUCCACCAAUAUAUACAUUUUAUGUUUUAGUGACUUACAGUUUCAAUGCCAGUAAGACACCAAAGCACAUAUAUAAGUAUGCAUAAGUUUAGCUGAGUUAAAUUGUCCUGAUAUCGUUGGGUGCAAAGAUUUCUUCACCUCUUUAUUUGUUUUCUGUCUUGUAUUUCUGCCUUUCACUUUAGUUCAGCUUGGCUUAUUACUAGUUUAGAUGUUUAAUAAUGAUUAUGUUCUGUACUUUUUGGAAAUGUAGUUUGCCUUUAAAAGAUUAGGAGCAUAUUUUUUAAUGUGCUCCCUGUUGUACCGUACCGGCCAUAUCCUUUGACGCCUGCGGUAAGGAUGCAUGAAAAGUGUUAAAACAAAUUCAUGUUUUGUUGCAGGAGCAUAACAUCACCCUGAAAAAUUAACGUUUAAUUUGAAUGCAUUUCAUAUCCAGUGGUAAAAAACACUUCAUGUUCAGCAAAGGUUUUCAACAAAAUCACCAAUUUGUAAUAUUAUUGGUUCCCCUGAUGUCAGUAAUCUGUACACCACCUUUUGCCAACAGGACAGGGUUGUAACCUUUUGUACAGAGAGAAGGAUGUUUGGCUGUUGCUCUUUAGACAAGCUGCGUAGAACGUCUUGUGCUCGAUCUUCUGUAGGAUUUCGGCCUGUGGACUGAGAUGAGGGUAGGAGAAACACGAUUUUGUGUCAGCUGAACCAUUUGAGUGUUGAUUUGGCCACGUUUUGGAUCAUUAUCCUGUUGAACCCCCCAAUGAUGACCCAUUCUUAGUUUAAUGGUAGAGUCCACCUGAUUUGUAUCAAAAAUUUCUAAGAGCAAAUGAUGUCAUGUACUCUAACAAGGUUCCCAGCGCCUUGGAAGAGAAACAAGCCCACAGCAUCAUAGAUCCUCCACCAAAACUAACAGUGGCCAUGAGGUGCUUUACGCCAAACCCAUCUGGUGUGUUUGUUGCUGAAAUCUUGCCCAAGGGUCCAGUUAAAGUCUCAGUAGAAUUUUGCAAGCUCCACAUUUUUACGUUUGUACAGGUAGGAAGGAAAAUACUUUUUUUCUGGUGUCACUACUAAAUAAUCAGUUCCCGUGGAAAUGGUGUCUAAUGCUUGUUGGAGACUUGGUGACCCCCCCCCCCCCAAGAUGCAACUCUUUGCAGCCAGGAUCAAUAUGGGUUCUGAUCCAGCCCAGUUGACAUGAGAAAUGGGCCUCUGUGUCAAGUCAAAGAUAUGCUUCAGGGAAACAGAACUUCAUAUAUUAGUAAUUAAAACACCAUAGAAACUCUGAUCACUUAAAAAAAAAAAGUAUAAAUUAACCAAAUGCUUCAGUUACGUUUAUUUUAAAGCGGUUGUUGAGGUGUCAACAGUGGUGCCACGGCUAAUUUUGUUAAAAGUAAUUAUUUCUUUUUUUCCCUCACUGAGUAAAUUCACUCAAAUGAAAGGUUGGAUUUUUCUUCAUUGUUUUACUGAGGGUUUAGGCUGCUGCAAUGAAAGACGAAUUCAUUGUGAGACUUUUUAGACAUCUUUACCAGGGGUGGUCAUAAAUGUGGCCGGUGUUGCAACCUGAACCGAUCAGACUUUUUCACAUUCAGCUUCCACCCACUCAUCUCUCCCCCUCAUGAGAUCACUCUGUGUUUAUUGUCUUUAUCGUGUCCACUUCAUUGUUCAUCCUACCUCACAAACACAAACUUGUAAUAUUUGUGCUUCUUUUUUGGGUGACUGAUAUUGUCCACAGGAUGAAAAUAACUAAUAGUAGCCAAAAAACUCACAAUUAACUCACAAUUAAUUCGUGAAAUACAAUUAUUGAAGGAUUAUUAUGAAUAGUAAGAUAUUUGCUCCAGUAAAUGGAGAGAAAAGCAUUGUGAUGCUAUCGUCUCCUCAACACUGUGAUUUAUGUGAAGCACAAAAAUUUAGUAAUUAUUCCUGGUAAAAUCUUUAUAAUUUACUGUUUGCAUUCAUAAUUUUGUCAGUAUUUAGCUUAAUUGCUUGCUGUCUUGAAAAUAUGUUUUGGUUUAUCUAAAUCUAGUUUUUCUGAAUAAUCACCUUUUUUUUAAAAAAACAUUUAGUUCUGUAUUCUGCCUAAUUUGACUCCUGUUCAUCUCUAGCCUUGUUAUUGCUUGAGACGGACUGCCAGCACCUUAGACUGAUGAGGUUUGUCUGUGAUGAUUGUAUAAAAAAUGAACAAUAAAGCAUGUUAAUUCACA